UCGUACAUAAGUAUGCACAAGUCAUCAACUGAUGAAUUCAUGUAUUUGUUCAUAGCGUUAAGGCCCUUGAUGAGGGGGUUUCAGUUUUGUCGACCAGUAGUUGUUGUUGACGGUGCACAUCUUGAUGGACCUUAUAAAGGGACGUUUGUAUCAGCUAGCACACUUGAUGGGGCAGGUUGCAUAUUGCCGUUGGCGUAUGGUAUUGUUGAUACGGAAAAUGAUUCAUCAUGGACGUGGUUUUUUCAGAAUUUCAAGAAUGCAUUUGGAGAGAGGGACAAUAUGUGUGUUGUAUCAGAUAGGAACGAAAGCAUAAUCAAGAGUGUAAGCAUGGUAUUUCCCAAUGUUCCUCAUUUUGCAUGCAUAUGGCAUAUAUGGAAAAAUGUGUGUACUAAAUACAGAAGGAGCAAAGCUGUACUAAGUGACAUCUUCUAUUCAAUGGCCAAGGCAUACCGAAAAGAUGAAGUCGAUAAAUUAAUGGCCAAAGUUGAAAGAAUCGAUCAACGGGUGGCACAAUAUUUAAAAAAUGCAGGAUACGAAAAGUGGUCAAGGGUUCAUGCCACUGUCAACAGAGGUAGAAUGAUGACUUCUAACAUCGCAGAAUGUAUCAAUGGAUGUCUUGUUGAAGCACGAGAGCUGCCUAUAAUUGACUUUUUGGAGCAAACGAGAAUGUUAUUUGGUUCUUGGAACUGCAAAAAUAGAGAAAUAGCAUCUUAUACAAAACAUACUUUGGGUAGAAAAUUCGAAGAUAUCCUAGUUUCAAACACGAUCAAGUGUUCGAGAAUGAAGGUUGUUGCUUCAUCAGAGUAUCUUUAUUCUGUUUACGAAUUAGGUAUAAGAUACAUUGUGUGUCUAGAGAGAAAAACAUGCACUUGUGGUAGAUUUCAACUAGACGAGAUACCAUGUCCACAUGCAAUUGCAGUGUUGAAGAGCAAGAACAUUACUGACCUGCACCCAUAUUGUUCUGAUUACUACAAACCAGAGGCGUUGGCAAAUACUUAUGAAUUACCAAUGGUUCCAAUGCCAGAUAAGAAAGACUGGACUGCUCCGAAGGAAAUUUUGGAAGAAAUUGUCUUGCCGCCAAUAUACAAAAGGAUGCCAGGAAGACCAAAGAAAGGGAGAAAAAAGUUUGCUAAUGAGAAAAUAACAAGUAGCACAAAUUCUUGUGGACGUUGUGGCCACGAAGGCCACAACAGAAAGACUUGUAAUUUCAUUCCUAAAUAGAUAUGAUGUUUGUGGU